AUGGUUGUCCUCGCAGCGUCGAUCUGCACCCGAGGCGGGAAAGCUGUCCUCUCCCGCCAGUUCAGGGAGAUGCCACGAUCUCGCAUCGAGGCGCUCCUCGCGUCCUUCCCGAAGCUGGCCGACAGCGGUACCCAGCACACGACCGUCGAGCAAGAUAAUGUACGCUUUGUCUACCAGCCAUUGGAUGAGCUUUACAUGGUUCUCAUCACCAACCGCCAAUCCAACAUCCUCCAAGAUAUCGACUCUCUGCACCUGUUUGCGCAGGUGGUCACUAGCACAUGCAAGAGCCUUGACGAGCGAGAGAUUCUGAAGAAUGCCUACGAACUGCUUAGCGCCUUUGACGAGCUUGUGACUCUUGGCUAUCGCGAGAACUUGACCAUUAGCCAGAUCAAGACCUUCCUCGAGAUGGAGAGUCACGAAGAGCGUAUCCAAGAGAUCAUUGCGAGAAACAAAGAAUUGGAAGCCACUGAGGAGCGCAAGCGCAAGGCCAAGCAGCUGGAGAUGCAGCGCAAGGAGUCAGCCCGCGCUGGCCGUAUUGGCGGUGGAAUGCCGAGGACCCCCUCAUACCCGACCUACACCCCUCCUACGCGCCCGACUCCGACGGAUACAUACGAUUCAUACGAGGCUGAGAAGAACAAGACCUUCAACAAGCUGAGCGCACCCAAGGGCAAGGGUAUGCAAUUGGGCAAGAAGUCCAAAACGACGGACAUGUUUGAGCGUGUCCGUGGCGAGAUGGGAGCAGAGGUCGAUGAUACGCCCCUAAUUACACCACAGCCGGUUCACGCUCCCGAGCCUGCAGCGGAAUCUCGUGUCUCUUCAACUCUCGACCGCGACGCCAUUCAUGUCGUGGUCAACGAAGCUAUCAGUGCCAAGCUUUCGCGAGAGGGUGCUUUGAAUUCCCUCGCGAUAAGUGGUGAUCUCAACCUCCGCAUCUCCGACCCUAGUUUGACGAAGGUCAAGUUAAACUUGACGGCAAACGCAUCUCACGGCGCCCAGUUCCGAACGCACCCCAACGUUGACAAGAACCUCUUUAACAGCUCUAAGGUUAUUCAGAUGAGCAACACUGCCCGAGGUUUCCCUACGAACCAGUCCGUCGGUGUGCUGCGUUGGAGAGCGGCGGCCAAGGCAGACGACACCAGCGCCUGCCCCAUUACCUUCACCGUCUGGAUCAACAAGGAUGCGGACAAGUAUAACAUGACGGUCGAGUACGAGCUGACGGGUGGUGACACGCUAAAGGAUGUCAGUGUGAUUAUUCCUUACCAGGCUAGCGAGCCGGUGGUCUCCAGCUUCGAUGCUUCGUAUGAGGUUUCCGGUGACUCUCUUGAGUGGAACAUCGGCACAGUCUCAGAAGACAAUCCGAGUGGAUCGUUCGAGUUCGAGGCUGAGACGAAUGACGAGAACGAUUUCUUCCCCAUGACAGUUAGGUUCUCUAAGACGACUCCUUUUGUGGAUGUUGACGUCAUUGGUGUAUCGUUGAUCGAAGAGGAUGAGGAGGUAACCUUCUCUAAGGAGAUCAAGUCCCAUGCGGACAAUUUCUUGAUUGACGAGACCAGGUACGACCAUCGCGUUGCCGAUGGAUUUCCUUCCAGCAACCCAGCAGUAGAUCUAUCUGUUAGCUGGGAUGCGUCAGGGAAAAAUCUGCUGGUAUAUCGACCCAAGGACCAGGUCGUAUCUAAAAUCCACCAGUUCGCAAAGCCUGGCGAAUCGGCGCCGGUGCCACAAGCCUUUCUGGCGGUGGGUUGGAGUGAUGGGUAUGUGAGACUAAUGGGACUAGAGAACAACAAAGCUGCACAUCAUAUUCGCGUCGGCGGAGAUUCCACAACUGCCCCCAGAAUCACUCACAUUGGCUGGUCGCGCAACGUCGUUGGAAAAAUCCAAGCUAGCCACCAGCAGACAGGGCCUCAAGUAUGGAAGAAGCUUAUACCGGAGGAGUGGGAUCUGCCGGGAAAGCCAGCCCCAUUGGAUCUGCCCCGGGAACUCGCGUUCUUGGAGGUCGACUCUGCUUUGCCCAAGAUCAGUCCCUUGCCUACCGCUAGUGCUGGAUCAGGAGAAGACGGCCUCGUCUUUACGUUGCGGACUGGAGUUGAGUUCCUGUUCCAGCCCUUCAACAUGGAAGACAGCGAUCAAGUCUUCGUGAUGGUUGUAGGCACAAGUGAUGGCCGACUUCACCUAAGCAUUUAUGACUCCUUUGUCAUUGGCGAUUUCCGGUACACUCUUCCAACCUCCUUGUACAAGCCAGGCGUCUUGCAGCUCAUGCAACAUGCCUCGCAUCCAGAGGUCUCGACACACUCGCUCCUGCUGAGGUCUUCGACCGACAAUGACCCAUCAGUGUACUUAUUACACUUGCAGGUCGAGUACAGGAAUACAAGGGAACUUCCCACAAAAUUCCUGCGCAGUGUCGAAGGCGACCUGGAGCAGAUGGCACGUGGACCAACAAAUAUCAUCCAAGCUCUUUUCCACACAGUUGUCACUGGUCACGCAUACGAGCCUGUUCGAGAGUGGCUAGUUGACAGUCUGGCUGAGCGUGGCCACAAACGAUGGGACAAAGCCGUCACAUCAGGGCUUGAGAACUUGCGGGGUUUGGUCCACGAGAACCUUCUACCAGCUUUGGAACGAUGCGCAAUCAUUCUCAGCCGUCUUCGAGGACUGGCCCAAUUCUACGACUCUCGCGACGACAUUGGCUUUUCCGUCGCCCAAAUCACUCGGGCCAUGGAUAUCGUCUCCUGCCUGACCAUGGUGGGCCACAAGAUACUCCUCAAUGUAAUGGAUGAGCUUAAUCUUUUCAAUGCUUUUUCAUCGUGGAUGCGCUUUCAGAUCGACCGACUCGCCGCCCCGGGUUCAGCUACUGACGAGUUGACGGAGAAGGAGGCUACGAUGGAAACCAGCAAAGUUCUUGCUUACAUUGAAGGUUAUUUGAUGCAAAGUCACAUGGCCAUUUUUCUCGAUGAGGUUCCGAAAGACGAUUACUCAAGUAACUGGGAGCGUGCUGAGAGUGGCGCGUCAAUGCUUGACGAACUUACCACACAGCUUACCCGCCAGGAAGAGGGACUAGCUUACUUGAAGGCCUUCCCGAAUGUAGGCUUCCUUGUGGACUAUCUCACUGCUCGCGCGAACGGGAUUUUUAAGGAUAUCGCCGAGGCACAGAAACGAAUCUAUAUCUUCCGUACAUCCAUCCGCAUAAUCAACGGCAUCAGCAGCAACGUCACCACAACCGUCUCAGCACUCUCCAUAGAAGAAGGCAAAAUCGUUGAACUUAAGUUCUUGAACAGCAACACGCUGGUCUUACUCUGCCAAGCCCUCAAUUACAUACCCUACGAAGAGGGCAACCUUCCGGGGUACUCGCCACUCUCUGGGCGUCUCAGAGAAGAAUGCACUGUAGCCACUCUAUCCGAGGAUCAUACUUUCACGCCCGUGCAAAUGGACAUCCAGGAUGCCACCAACGCCCGCGGCGAAAUACCCGCACGAAUUUGUCUUCUCGGUUCCAACCGGACCACGUACAAAGUUUUCGGCAUCAAUACUAAAUCCAUCUCGGGCACAACACCGGCCGAGACACCGCGACGAAGCGCUUAG